AAAUAAAAGGUUUGAAAGCAAAGCCGUGUCAUCGACUGCCAUUAAGAACAUCUCCACAGUCCACACCACAGUUGCUAAUAAUUUCAAUUAAAAUCAUCUCAUCUGAUCUGAUCCAAUCUCCGCCAUCUUUUAUAAAGCUCAAAUUCAUCUUCAACACACCCUUAAACCUCCAUUUUCUCCACUAAUCUCUACUGAUCUGAUCUAAAACCCAAUACCCAUUCUUUCCAAUCGAAAGCUAAAACCAAAACCAUGAACCAAGUAGGCACGGUGGUGAAGGUGGGUUUGGUUUUAUUAGGGCUUAGUUUGGCCGGAUAUUUAAUGGGUCCUCCUCUUUAUUGGCAUUUCAAAGAAGGAUUAGCCGCCGCAGUUAGCCACUCUGCUUCCUCUUAUUCAUGUUCGCCUUGCGUUUGUGAUUGCUCCUCUCAGCCUCUUCUUACCAUUCCUCAAGGUUUGAGCAAUGCUUCCUUUGCUGAUUGUGCAAAGCGUGAUCCCGAGGUGAGUGAAGAUACAGAAAAGAACUUUGCCGACUUACUGACAGAGGAACUGAAGCUGCGAGAGGGUGAAGCUUUGGAGAAUCAGCGGCGAGCUGACAUGGCUCUGCUAGAGGCAAAGAAAAUGACAUCCCAGUAUCAAAAGGAAGCAGACAAAUGCAAUUCAGGAAUGGAAACCUGCGAGGAAGCACGGGAAAAAUCCGAAGCUGCAUUAGCAGCACAAAAGAAAUUGACAGUAUUAUGGGAGUCGAGGGCUCGACAGAGAGGAUGGAAAGAAGGGACUUCCAGGUCUCAUGCCCAGUCUCUGGGAAACGUUGAGUCCAUGUAAGAGAUCAUACAAUCUGAUCGAUUCUUCUUGCAAAGUUGAAAAAUCUUAAACAAAAAAGUCAGACAUGAUAUAUAUAGGGUUUAUCUAGACCUGCAAUUCUUCGGGUAUGCGGGUCAUAAAUGCUUCGUGUAAGAGUAAACACGGAACAUGAUUAGCACACUGUGAGGAGUGUACCAAAGCAAAAGCUUCAAAGGCCAAAUUUCUGUGGUGUUAUACUUUUUGUAGUUAUGUUUUAAAUGUAAAAUCUGGAAGUAAAAAAGCUCAUUAUUUUA